GUUAGCUCUGAAGAUCUUCCAGAGAGUCACAGCGAGUGAGAGAGAAAGCUAUUUGUUCUCGUGAAGUCCGAGUGUAGAAAUUGGCAACUGGAUUUAUGGUUGGAUUUGGUGUGUAGUGUGUAGCGAUUAGGUUUUUGAAUCAGCGAAAAUCGAAAAAUGGUAUUCAAGAACAAGCUCUUCUUCUCUUCGAAGAAAUCUGGAUCUUCUAGUCCCGAUAGCUCUAAUAGUCCCAGAUCUGUUGGCUCCAACUCUCCCAUACGAUCAGAUAAGAAGAAGUCUAAAUCUGCUUCCAAGGAUGAACCUCCGAUCCCUAAUCCUGGGGUUGGUUGCAAGCAGACGCAGAUUAAAGAUGGUUUGAAGAAGAAGGAUGGUUCAUCUAAGGGUAAACAACUUUCAUCUGAAGUUCAAGCUCACUCUAUCGGAAAAUCGAACUUGUCUCCUAGUUCUGAGGCGAAGAAACCACCGCCGCCGGAGGUGAAGGAAGGACCUGCUUUUGUGUCUCCUAUCAUGGCUUCGUCUCUGGGUUUGAACCGGAUUAAGACGAGAUCCGGACCGUUGCCACAAGAAAGGGUUUUCAACUAUAGGAAUGAUCCGGCUACGAGCAAUUUGUCGAAGAUGGGUGCUGAUGGUGACUUGGGCUCGGGUUCAGCCACUUCUGGCUCUGGUAGUGGCAAUAGAAAGAAAGAAGCUGGGAGUAGCAAGCUAGGGUUAGAAGAGAACAUGGGUCGCACUCGACCAAGUGACAAUAAGAGUGAUCGUGAUAGUUUAUCUCCUGAUACUGGACCACCGAGGAGCCUCAGCCCUACUUUGCCGGCAUCAGGAUCUCGAUUGCAGAAUGUAGCAUCCUCAUCGGGAACUGGUCGCUCUGAGAUGUCAUCCGGUCGCUCUGGCCCUCUAAGAAAUUCAGACUUUUGCACCCCAGAGAAUUCAUAUGAAUGGGAAAAUCCCAAAGAAUCAGAAUCACCACGUUAUCAAGCCUUACUUCGUAUGACCAGUGCUCCACGAAAGAGGUUUCCUGGUGACAUCAAGAGCUUUUCUCAUGAGUUAAACUCAAAAGGCGUACGACCCUUUCCAUUAUGGAAGCCUCGUAGGUCGAACAAUGUGGAGGAAAUAUUGGUUCUGAUUCGAGCAAAAUUUGAUAAAGCAAAGGAAGAAGUAAACUCUGACCUUGCAGUAUUUGCAGCGGACCUGGUGGGAGUUCUCGAGAAAAAUGCAGAAAGCCAUCCUGAGUGGGAGGAAACAUUUGAAGACUUACUAAUUUUGGCUCGAAGUUGUGCUAUGACUACUCCUGGAGAUUUCUGGCUUCAGUGUGAAGGCAUUGUUCAGGACUUAGAUGAUAGACGUCAAGAGCUUCCUCCGGGCGUCCUCAAGCAGCUUCAUACUCGGAUGCUUUUUAUCCUUACCAGAUGUACUAGAUUACUUCAGUUUCAUAAGGAAAGCUGGGGGGAGGAGGAACAAGUUGUACAACUACGUCAGUCAAGAGUCUUGCAUUCUAUAGAGAAAAUACCUCCUACUGGAGCGGGAAGGAGUUCCAGUGCUGCAAAGGUCUUAAAGGUACCAUCUACCAAGAAAGCUUAUAGUCAGGAGCAGAGUGGUUUGGACUGGAAGGAAGACGCUGUUUUACGCUCAGUUCCCCCUCUCUCUUCGACUGAAAAUUAUGCUCUUAAGGAAUCUGAAUCUCCUGCAAACAUUGAUAGAAUGUCUUCCUGGAAAAAACUUCCAUCUCCAGCACUGAAAACUGUGAAAGAAGCGCCAGCGUCAGAUGAGCAGAAUGAUAUCAAAGUUGAACCUCCAAAUAUGGUUGGGAAUCGACAAGCUAGCGAUGAUGCGGCUGUUGCUAUUCUCAACUAUCCUCCAGCAAAAGAUUCUCAUGAACACUCCAAGCAUCGGCACAAUAUUUCUUGGGGUUACUGGGGAGAACAACCCCUUAUUUCAGAGGAAAGUUCAAUAAUGUGCCGUAUCUGUGAGGAGGAAGUUCCCACAACACAUGUGGAAGAUCACUCUAGGGUUUGUACAUUGGCUGAUAAAUAUGACCAGAAAGGACUGAGUGUUGAUGAGCGGUUGAUGGCAGUUGCCGGAACACUUGACAAGAUAGCAGAGACCUUCAGACAUAAGGAUAGCCUAGCAGCCGCAGAAAGCCCAGAUGGUAUGAAAGUAUCCAAUUCACAUUUGACUGAAGAAUCUGAUGUUCUCUCUCCAAGGUUGAGUGAUUGGUCGCGAAGAGGGUCAGAAGACAUGCUUGACUGUUUCACGGAGGCUGAUAAUUCAAUUUUUAUGGAUGAUCUGAGAGGUUUACCGUUAAUGUCAUGUAGAACCCGUUUUGGUCCCAAGUCUGAUCAAGGAGGCAAAAGUACAUUCCACGAUCAAGAUGAUAUUCCACAGAUGAGUGAACUUGCUGACAUUGCAAAAUGUGCAGCAGAUGCCAUUCCGGGUGAUGAUCAAUCCAUUCCAUUCUUACUUUCUUGUCUUGAAGAUCUGAGGGUUGUUAUAGACCGCAGAAAGUUUGAUGCACUUACAGUAGAAACUUUUGGGACUCGCAUAGAAAAAUUGAUCCGGGAGAAAUAUCUGCAUAUGUGUGAGCUUAUGGAAGAUGAAAAAGUUGAUCUACUAAGCACUGUAAUUGAUGAAGAUGCUCCCCUAGAAGAUGAUGUUGUUCGGAGCUUGAGGACCAGCCCGGUACAUCCGCGAGACCGCACAUCUAUUGAUGAUUUUGAGAUCAUAAAACCAAUAAGCCGGGGAGCUUUUGGGCGAGUUUUUCUAGCGAAGAAGAGGACAACAGGAGAUCUAUUUGCAAUCAAGGUUCUGAAAAAGGCAGAUAUGAUUCGUAAGAAUGCUGUUGAAAGUAUACUUGCUGAACGUGAUAUAUUGAUCAACGUUCGCAAUCCCUUUGUGGUUCGUUUCUUCUAUUCUUUCACGUGUCGUGACAACCUGUAUCUGGUGAUGGAGUAUCUGAAUGGAGGGGACCUGUAUUCAUUGUUGAGAAAUUUAGGUUGCUUAGAGGAAGAUAUUGUCCGUGUAUAUAUUGCUGAAGUUGUCCUUGCUUUGGAAUAUUUGCAUUCUGAGGGUGUUGUUCACCGUGAUUUGAAGCCGGAUAAUUUGUUGAUUGCGCAUGAUGGUCAUAUAAAGUUAACAGAUUUCGGGCUCUCUAAAGUUGGUCUCAUCAACAGCACGGAUGAUCUGGCUGGUCCUGCUGUAAGUGGGACGUCUCUGCUUGAUGAGGAGGAUUCACGAUUAGCGGCAUCUGAGGAACAACUUGAAAGGCGCAAGAAACGGUCUGCUGUGGGUACUCCUGAUUACUUAGCGCCAGAAAUUCUUUUAGGGACAGGACAUGGUGCAACUGCGGAUUGGUGGUCUGUUGGCAUCAUUCUGUUUGAACUCAUUGUGGGAAUUCCACCCUUCAAUGCGGAACAUCCUCAGCAAAUAUUUGACAAUAUUCUCAACCGUAAGAUACCAUGGCCUCAUGUUCCAGAAGAAAUGAGUGCUGAAGCUCAUGAUAUUAUUGACCGAUUUUUAACAGAAGAUCCACAUCAGAGACUUGGAGCUAGAGGGGCAGCUGAGGUCAAGCAGCACAUCUUUUUUAAAGACAUCAACUGGGACACACUAGCAAGGCAAAAGGCUGCAUUUGUUCCGGCUUCAGAGAGUGCAAUUGACACAAGUUACUUCAGAAGUCGCUACUCGUGGAACACAUCAGAUGAGCAAUUUUUCCCGAGCGGUGAGGUUCAAGAUUAUAUUGAUGCUGGUAGCUCGACUGGCAGCAGUGGUUGCUCGAGCAAUCAUCAUGAAGAAGGGGAGGCUGAAGAAUGUGAAGGACAUGCAGAGUUUGAGUCUGGCGUACCUGUAGAUUACUCUUUCAGUAAUUUCUCGUUUAAGAACCUCUCUCAGUUGGCGUCUAUCAACUACGAUCUUCUAUCCAAAGGCUGGAAAGAUGAGCCACAACAAAUUCCGCAUCACAAGUAACAUCCAUUUCGUGGAUGUUUUUCUCGAUUCCUUUGGUUUUCUGUGAGUCAGUGUAAUGAGUACUCUGCCAUUACCGGCGUUGUUAGUAUACUCUGUAAAUGUAAGUCGUUCGUUUCUGUUAAUCACAAAAUCAAUCUAGUAAGCUCCA